AUGGCCGUUAUAGACCAGCAAGAUAACUUCUCCAACAUAUCCUGGCACAGCGACCGCAACCAGCACCAGCAGGCGUCGGGCUUCUCCGGCCGGUCGGGAGACGGCAGCCCGCCUCCUGCGCUGGACGUGGAGCCGCCGAGCGUCGAGGAUCAACGGCAUGGCGAAGAGCUUCUGGAAGAGGACCCGGGCAUGAGCGGCGACAUCCUCGAGUGCACCGUCUCGGAGCCGCGCAAGGAGAGCGACGGGACCAAGGACGCAUUCGUGUCUUACCUGGUGACGACGAAUUCCACGUUUGCAGUCUUCCAGAAGCCCACCUUCACAUCACGCCGCCGUUUCACCGAUUUCCUGUAUCUGUACAAGUCCCUAUCUCGAGAGUAUCCAGCAUGCGCGGUCCCGCCACUCCCGGACAAGCAGCGCAUGGAGUAUGUCCGAGGCGACCGGUUCGGGCAAGACUUCACCCUCCGCCGCGGCUACAGCCUGCAGCGGUUCCUCAACCGCGUGGCUAUGCACCCGAUCCUCCGCCGUGCUCCGAUCCUGCACACCUUCCUUGAGUCACCUGAGUGGAACGCCACAAUGAAGUCCCGAUCUGCGAGGGGCAGCACGGCCUCGGACUCUGGCAGCGGGGGCGUGUUUGACAAUCUUACCGACACCUUCAUCAAUGCCUUCACAAAAGUCCACAAGCACGACCGGCGAUUCAUCGAGGUCAGGGAGAAGAGCGACAAGCUGGACGACGACCUGGGCCACGUAGAGAAAGUCAUUGCCCGCGUUGCGCGGCGCGAGGUCGAUAUCGAGACCGACCUGCGCGAUCUGGCUGAGCAGUUCCAGAAGCUCAUCACUCUUGAGCCGGGCAUUGAGUCGACGGUGCAUGGCUUCGCGGCAUCGAUCGAGGACUCUGCCACCGGUCUGCGGAAGCUCCGGGAGCACACCGACCAGGACUACCUCGGCAGCUUGCGGGACAUGCAGGCGUACAGCCAGGCGCUCAAGAAUCUCCUGCGCGCCCGGGAGCAGAAGCAGCUCGACCACGAGCAGCUGACCGAGUACCUCAACAAGUCCACGCUAGACCGCGACGCCCUCGCAUCUGGGUACAGCUCGUCGGGCGCGCUAGGCGGCGCGGGCGGGUUCAUCCGCAGCAAAAUCGAGGACGUGCGGGGCGUCGAUCACGAGGCAUCGCGGCGCGAGAGGCAGCGUAAGCUCGAGAUCCGGAUUGACGAGCUGACCACCGAGGCAGAGCGAGCCAAGAAGACGAGCGAGAUGUUUGACGAGGAGGUCGUCAAGGAGGUCGCCGACUUUGAGCGGAUCAAGCGCGCCGAGCUCAAGAAGCAGCUCGCCCUGCUGGCCGAGGCGCACACGCACUUCUACGACGACACGAUUGCAAACUGGGAGCGCUAUGUCAAGGACAUGGAAAAGGAGGGGCUCAGUGCGUCAGUGUACGGGGCGUGA